AUGAAGGCUCGCUGUCUCGCAGUGCUCAUCUUAGCCCGCCUAGUUUCUGCACAUGGCGACCAUGGAACGGGAAUGAGACCAGGCGAAGACAUCAAGGCGUAUGCUCAAAGACACAUGGCCACGGAGCAUCACAUCGAGUCAUUCGAUUUGCGGAGUUUCUUCCAGCUACACGACCUCAACCGAGACGGAUGGUGGGACCGUGAGGAAAUAGAGGCCAUCUAUGGAGUGCAUCACGUCUACUCGCAGAAAAAGUCCAAAGACGACGAGGAACACCAGAAGAAGGCUGAUCACAUUUCUGGCACCGUACUCAACAUGCUGGAUAAAGACCAUGAUGGAAGGGUGUCGCCAGAGGAGUUUGAGGCUGUUGGUCUUGAAGGAUUGCCCAAUUUUGAGUCGCUGGGCGCGGAAGGUCACCAUUAUGAUGUGGAGAGCGAGUUUUUCUUGCAUCAUGAAGAGGAAUUCCACUCAACACCCGAAACGCAAACAGACGAGUCAUAUAACCACCCCGAAGACCUCGAGCAUUUCGCCCAUCACGAAUCCAUUGAACGGAAGGAGGCUGAGAAGGAGGCCGAAUUCCAAGGCAUCUCUGUGGACGAAGCACUUGCUGCUCAUGACCCUCCGAAAGAAGAGCCUGGCUCGGUCGAAGGUGAGCAUGUUGCCACGCCAGAGGAUGAGGGUCAACACCCAGUCGCUGUCCCCCAUCCACAUGACGAGCAAAUUGAAGCACAACCGCCUGUAGUCGAGCCUCCGGCUAAUGCAGCGCCAGAUUCUGGCAAGCCAAAGCUGACGCGGACAACUCCUCCCGAGAAAAUGGACCCCAAAGAGCGCUAUAGGAAUGCCAAGGCCGAGCCUAGAGCCGACUGGGGAACUGGUUCGGAAGGAUAUAAGCCACCCAAGAAUGCAGGAGACAAACUACGGAAAAACCUCCCGUACAAGUACAAGUUCAAGCGGAACUGGGGCGAUUUUUGA